AUGUUGAGGUUGCCGCGUGUACUCCGACAAACUGUUUCAGUGCAAAAAGCACACCAUCUUUCUAGAUGUUACGCCAAAGAUGUGAGAUUCGGAGCUGAUGUAAGAGCUCUGAUGCUCCAGGGAGUGGAUAUAUUAGCCGAUGCAGUUGCCGUCACAAUGGGUCCAAAAGGGCGAAACGUGAUUUUGGAACAAUCUUGGGGCUCGCCGAAAAUAACCAAAGACGGCGUGACAGUUGCCAAAGGUGUUGAACUUAAGGACAAAUUCCAGAACAUAGGCGCUAAGUUAGUACAAAAUGUUGCUAAUAACACUAAUGAAGAAGCCGGCGACGGUACAACUACAGCUACAGUACUUGCCAGAGCUAUCGCAAAAGAAGGUUUCGAGAAGAUUUCCAAAGGAGCGAACCCCAUUGAAAUUCGUCGAGGUGUUAUGUUGGCUGUGGAUGCGGUAAAAGACAAACUAAAGAAUAUGUCAAAACCCGUAACAACCCCCGAGGAGAUCGCUCAAGUGGCAACAAUCUCAGCUAACGGAGACCUAGCUAUUGGGAAGCUCAUUGCCGACGCUAUGAAAAAAGUUGGAAGAGAUGGAGUUAUCACAGUAAAGGACGGUAAGACCCUAAACGAUGAAUUGGAAGUCAUAGAAGGCAUGAAGUUUGAUAGAGGUUAUAUUUCACCAUAUUUCAUCAACUCAUCCAAGGGUGCCAAAGUUGAAUUUCAGGAUGCCCUUGUUUUGUUCUCUGAGAAAAAGAUCAGCAAUGUUCAAACCAUUAUCCCUGCCCUAGAAUUAGCUAACCAACAGAGGAAGCCUUUGGUAAUUGUUGCUGAGGAUGUUGAUGGUGAGGCACUCUCUACUCUUGUUGUGAACAGACUCAAGAUUGGUCUUCAGGUUGCUGCUGUUAAAGCUCCUGGCUUUGGUGACAACAGGAAAGCUACCCUCAGUGACAUGGCCAUAGCUGCUGGUGGUGUGUUAUUUGGUGAUGAUGCUAACCUAAUCAAACUAGAAGAUGUUCAGCCUUCUGACCUUGGUCAAGUUGGUGAGGUUAUUAUUACUAAAGAUGACACACUCUUCCUGAAGGGUAAGGGUAAGAAGUCUGAUAUUGAUAGACGAGCAGAGCAAAUACGUGAUCAGAUUCAAGAAACUACCUCUGAAUAUGAAAAGGAAAAACUUCAAGAGCGUCUUGCUAGGUUGGCAUCUGGAGUUGCUGUAUUACAUGUAGGUGGAUCUAGUGAAGUUGAGGUCAAUGAGAAAAAAGACAGGGUUAAUGAUGCACUGAAUGCUACUCGUGCUGCAGUUGAAGAAGGUAUUGUUCCUGGAGGUGGUUCAGCACUUCUUAGAUGUAUCCCAAUGCUAAAUGACCUUAAAACAUCAAACUCUGACCAGGCCACUGGUGUUGAAAUCAUUAAAAAAGCCUUAAGAAUGCCAUGCAUGACCAUUGCCCGUAAUGCUGGUAUUGACGGUUCAGUCGUUGUGGCCAAAGUUGAAGACCUUGGCCCUGAGUUUGGAUAUGAUGCCUUGAACAAUGAGUAUGUCAACAUGAUUGAGAAAGGUAUCAUUGACCCCACUAAGGUUGUGAGAACAGCAUUGACAGAUGCUAGUGGUGUAGCAUCUCUCUUAACAACAGCGGAGGCUGUUAUUUGUGAUAUUCCACAGGAAAAGGAACCUAACCCUAUGGCAGGUAUGGGAGGAAUGGGUGGUAUGGGAGGAAUGGGGGGAAUGAUGUAA